AUGGCUACAUGCGAAAUCGAGCAUGAGCCUUUGGGAGUGGCCUUGGUGCUAUCCGCCUGGAACUACCCGAUCUACACUGCCAUUCCUCAGGUGGCGGCAGCUAUAUCGGCUGGAAAUUGCGUCAUACUCAAGCCCAGCGAACUGGCAGCAGAAAGCUCAGGAUUGGGAGGCAAAUGCCCCGUGAUUGUUGAUGAGACUGCCAACAUUUCGACAGCUACUAACCGCAUCCUGUUCGGCAAGUUCUUCAACUGCGGUCAGACCUGCAUCGGCGUCGACCACGUCUUCGUCCACGAGUCCAUCCGCGAGCCCUUCCGCAAGGCCCUCCUCGAGAAGCUGGAGCUCUUCUACGGCGGAGAGCAAAGUUUGGAGAAUGAUGGAAAUUACGGAAAGAUCAUCAAUCGGUUCCACGUUGACCGCGUUGAGAAGUACUUGAAGGAUGACCAUGGAGGAAGCAUCAUCUACGGAGGAAAGGCCGUCAAUAAGGAGACUAGAUUCAUGGGGCCGACCGUGAUUGAAACUCCACGCAAGGAUAGUCUCCUCAUGCAGGAUGAGAUCUUCGGCCCAAUUUUGCCUAUCUUCUACUACUCCGACCUCAAGGAGCUCAUCAAGGAGAUCAAUUCCCGUCCCAAGCCAUUGGUCGUCUACCAGUUCAGCGAGUCAAAGGCCAACACAAGCCUAGUCCGUUCCCAAACCUCAUCCGGAGCCUACGUGGUCAACGACACAAUCCUGCAGAUGACCAACCUCAGCCUUCCCUUCGGCGGUGUGGGCGCCAGCGGGUACGGUAGGUACCACGGCAAGGACGGUUUCCUCGCCUUCACCAACCCAAAGAGCAUCGCUCUCAUCUCCUCGAUGGACAGUUACCCCAUCAACCAGCGCUAUCCUCCCUACAACGACAGCAAGAAGUCCACCAUGACCACACUGCUCAAGUUCGGUUUCAUUACCUAUGGACAACUGGGAAGGGGACUGCUGGCCAUUCUCCUGGUCAUUGCGGCGGUUGUCCUUUACAAUGUGUGGUGUCCUUGCACGCAAGAGAAAAUUGACCUCUGA